AUGGACGGAGAGAGAAAGAGAGAGGCCGAGCGAGCAAAAUAUGAACAUCGGGCGAUCCAAGAGGAUGCACUGAAGAUCCAGGGCAUCCAGCCAGACGGCCGGAAGGAGCUUUUGCACAUUACUGAAGACACCAAGAACGACAACCCGGCAGAACGCCAGACCAACCCGAGCCAGGCUCCCCCAGCGAAGACAGCAGCCCAGCCCAAGAAGCUCCUUCCCAGCAGCAAAGCCAAGCCAGCCUCGGGGGACAAGGACGAUGAGUAUGACCCUGGAGAGGAAGAUGUGCCCCCUCCCGAACAAGUGAGCAAAGCCACCUUGAUGAAAAGGCUGGCACGCUUGUGCACACCACGGGAGGAUGGAACCUUCAAGAUACCCCAAGAAGUCAUCGACACUUACAAGAAUAUCCGGACACGAGAUGAAGUCUACCGAAGCUUCGAGAAAUGCGGUUGCGACCCCGUUUGCCUGUCGUGUUCUCCAAGAGAAUCAACCGGAAGNNAUGAAGAGAUCAACGAGAAAUCCGUGGAAACGGAGUUUGAGUUCUUGACAGAGCAAGAGAUGGAAGACAAAGGCUCAUCGUGCGAGCUUCUUUGCUGCAGCUUGUUCGAGAGGAAGUCUGAGUACUGCGACGAUUACAUGUACUGGGUGGCUGUGAGGGUCAAAGGCUCGAACAAGAAGACGAAGAGGAACACGGCGACGGAGAUCUUGGAAGGCGAAGACCAGGAGCCGAUGCAGGACGCCGACGAGGCCAUGGACCAGUUCCCCUUCAACCUCGAUGGCGACGGGGGUGCUGUGCCGACUGGAGGUCUUCCGGGGGUGUAUUAG